AUUAUAACCACGUCCACAAUUAACAGAGCAACCAAAGCUGGUUUAUCCCAUGAAAGCAAAUCUCCUUUUCAUAAAUUAAUUAGGUCAGACUUCAACUUCUCUCAUCUUUCCCUCCAAAUCCCCCCUCGUGCAGGAUUUUGUAGGGGGUUUUGCUUUCUCUUUCUCCGCUCUUUGACAUCCGCGUUCCUCAUCCCUUUGGUGACCAGUCUAUUCGGAGAGAGUCGAGGAAAUUCAAACUCGGAAAUCAUACUAUUCUGGACUCUUGCUUGCUCUGUUUCGCCCCCCUUCUCUUCGAGAUGAAACAAGGAAGAGGAUUGGGAAGGUUAUAUUGAAUGAAUGGUUGGUUGCGGCAACCAUGUUUCUUCCCCCACCAAACCCCUUUCAGAGCGACGAAUCAUGGGGUUGGGGAUGGGCUCUUCUGCUUCCGGUACCCGGAAAUUGCUUCUUUUUGCGGCCUAUUUCUGGGUUUGCUUCUCCACUCUGUUCCUUGCUCUGUUUCGCUUCCUCACCGGAACCACCACCAGGGUUCUCAGCAGAACCGAAACCAGUGGUGCCGCCGUUUCUGUAGCGAAAAGCUCCGACUUUGUAGAACCCAAGGAGCUGCCUGAAAUGGGGGUUGAUCCUGAAAUUGAAGCAGAGUCGGACGUUUCUGAAUAUAGAGAUGGUGAUUCAGGGGAUGACAAGUCUCCCAAAGUCGUGCCGUUUCUGAAUAUAGACUUUGUAGAGCCAGAGGAGCUGCUUGAAACGGUGCCGAAACCUGUUAUUGAAACGGGGUCGGACGUUUCUGAAUGUAGAGGAGUAGUCACGGAAGAGGAGGAUGAUUCAGGGGAUGAGAAGAAGUCGCCCAAAUUCGUGUUCAAAUUCGAGUACCAGAGCUACAGAAAAGAAGAAGAAGAGCAAGAACAGAUUGAAUUCGAGCCUUCUUCUCCGUUGGACUCUAUACCCACCGCUUCAACUACUAGUAAGUACGAAUUCUUGUCCGGAAAGGAUUUUAGUCACUAUGUGGAGGAGCCGGAAGCCGUUCGCCUCACCGUGAAGGAGUGUUUUCUCGGUUCCGAUGAGGGAUUUGCAGCCGCCGGCGAAGUUUCCAAAGUUGUUGAGCCGGAAUUUCUUGUUGACAAGAAGGUAGAAGAGAUUCCAGUUGAUGUUCUUCCAUCUAAUGACGAUGCUGCAACUGAGGCGGAAUCAUUUGAUCAAGAGGCUUCAAUCAGCAAAGGGAACAAGACAGUUGAUUUUGAGCUGCCACCUGAGGAUUUAUUCAUGGGUGAUGAAAUGGACUUGGAGUCGAUAGCUUCCAGCAGUGGAUUCAUGAGCCGUUCCCUCUGCUCAACCAGUGACGAUGACGGGUUCUUUUCAGAUUGCGAUUCUGAAAAAGAGGGAAUGAUGAAUUUUCUCAACAGCUUGAACUACGAGGAGGGUGUCGAUGAUCUCGAAGAUGAAGAAUCGCAACCUGCAGUGGGUUCCGGUGUAAAUGAUCCAAAGAGUGGUAAAGAUGAUCAUUUUAAGUCUGAUUCAAAGGAUGAUCCAUCUGGUUGGGACUCUGAGGACACUAGUAAUGGGUUGGAGAUAUUGUGGGAGCAUCAAGAAUUAAUAGAGCAGCUGAAAAUGGAGCUGAAGAAUGUUAAGGCAACUGGCCUUCCAACCAUUUUGGAAGACGAUGAGUGUCCAAAGAUCGUGAUGGAAGAUUUGAAGCCAUGGAAGAUCGAGGAGAAGUUCCACCACGAAGAUAGGAUGAGUGAGCUUCACAAGUUCUACAAGAGCUACAGGGAAAGAAUGCGCAAGUUCGAUAUCUUGAAUUACCAGAAGAUGUAUGCAACAAGUUUUCUGCAGUCCGAGGACCCUUUUCAAUCCACGUCAGCAAGUAAGAAAAUUGAGGCUUCAGCUUUGGGAACCCUUUUCACACAGAAGCUGAUGCUACUCAAGCGCAAGAAGUCCAUUUCUGAUCCAAUGGCAAAUUUCAUGAAGGAAUUGCAGGGUGUGUUAGAAACAGUGUACGUUGGACAAAUGUGCCUCUCUUGGGAAAUCCUACAUUGGCAGUACCAGAAAGCAUUAGAGCUCUACGAUUCUGACCAUUUUGGUACGAGGAUAUACAACGAAGUCGCAGGCGAGUUCCAGCAGUUCCAGGUACUGCUGCAAAGGUUCAUCGAGAACGAGCCUUUUGAAGGCCCGAGGUUGCAGAACUAUGUCAAGAAGCGUGUUGUGAUGCGGAAUUUGCUCCAAGUUCCUGUCAUUAGAGAGGACGGGAGCAAGGAUAAGAAGGCAAGAAGAAGAAUAAGAGGGAAGGACGGUGGGGCGAUUACAAGCGACCAGCUGGUGGAGAUAAUGGAGGAAUCAAUCAGAAUCAUGUGGAGAUUCAUUCGAGCCGAUAAAGACUCACAUACUGCAAAACAUUUCAAUACCGGGAAGAAAGGAACUCAAAUAGAGCCUCGUGAAGAUCCUGCUCAUCUCGAGUUGCUCUCAGAAGUCCACACAAAUCUUCAAAAGAAGGAAAAGAGGUUGAAGGAGAUGAUGAGGAGUGGUAGUUGCAUACUGAGAAAGUUUCAGAAGAAGCAGCAGAAACACGACGAUGAAGAUAGUAGUAGUCCGUCGUCGGAUAAUGUGCUGUACUUCUUCUGUCAAGUGGACAUGAAGCUGGUUGCCAGGGUUCUUAACAUGUCGAAAAUAACAACGGAGCAGUUGCUGUGGUGUAGGAGUAAAUUGAGCAGGAUCAGUUUUGUAGGGAGGAGGGUUCAUGUUGACCCUUCUUUUUCUCUUUUCCCUUGCUAGUUAGCUACCUGUAGUAAUGCUGUUACUGUAUAUUUAUAACACUAGGGCAAAUUUUUCUGUAUAUAGUGUAGUGUAUUGAGGGGGGACUAUCUUGUAUUCCAAGGCACUUAGGGGAAAAAACACUAAUGUGAGUCGAGGAAAGAAGGCACUUCUGUUAGCUGGGCAAGAACUAGUGUACAGCAGCUACUGACAGACCUAAAUCUCUGUAUUUUAAUUUCUUCUUCUAGAGCUUUUCUUUUUGGUUUGAUUUAAUAUGAAGAGAGUUUCAGCCAACUGGGAGCUGGUUGACUGGAA